UGUUCCUUCCCCCGGAGCGGCGAGCCCCACCUGGCAGUAUUAUUGAAACCGGUCGCGCACCUACUCGCCUGCUUUCGCGUGCCACGGCGCGGCUCUAUUCAAGGAGAGGGGGCAAAAGGGCUUCGGCGCGGCGCGGCGGCGUGGAUGGAUAGCGCUCUCAGGCUCAGCUCAUAGUUCUCUCUCGCGUUGAGCGAGAGCCGAGAGGCCGGCCACCACCGGCUCCGGAGCUCGCCGCCGUGGCCGGCGCCCGUUUUGCUUUGCUCCCCGCAGAAUCGCUUGCGGAGAGAGCGGGCGGGCGACAGAUUGCUAAGCUAGGUAAAGCCAAGGUAUACAUAGCAGGAGGAGAGAGGGGGGUCGAUUGGAUUGGAUUAUUGGAGGGCUCCGGCGACGGAUAGAGAGAGAUUGGUAGCAGGAGCUAGCGGGAUGAAGCUCCACUGGGUGGUGCGGUUCCUGUUCGGGCCGGUGCCGGUCUACUUCUCGGCGCUGGCCAUCCUCAUCGUGCUCACCAACGCGCAGUACUUCGGGCUGGCGGGCGUCGGCGUGGCGCCGCGCGCCGCCAAGCUCGCCUCCUCCACGCCCGUGGUCAGCGUGAUGAAGUACUGCGACAUCUUCCGCGGGGAGUGGGUGCCCGACCCCGAGGCGCCCUACUACACCCACAAGACGUGCCACAUGAUCCAGGAGCACCAGAACUGCCUCAAGUACGGCCGCCCCGACCUGGGGUUCCUCAAGUGGCGGUGGCGGCCCUCUGGCUGCGAGCUCCCGCGCUUCGACCCGCUCCAGUUCCUGCAGUUCGCGCGCGGCAAGUCGCUGGCCUUCGUCGGGGACUCGCUGGCCAGGAACCACAUGCAGUCGCUGCUCUGCCUCCUCUCCCAGGUGGCGUAUCCCAAGGACGUGUCGGCGAACCCGACGGACCAGAACAAGGUGUACCACUACCGGGCGUACAACUUCACCAUCAGCAUGUUCUGGUCGCCGUUCCUGGUGCGCGCGCGGGAGCCCGACCACGACGGCCCCGCGCACACGGGCCACUGGAGCCUCUACCUGGACGAGCCCGACGACAAGUGGGUGCCGCAGAUGCCGCGCUUCGACUACGUGCUGGUGUCGGCGGCCAACUGGUUCUCGCGCCCGUCCCUCUUCUACGAGAAGCGGCGGCUGGUCGGGUGCAGCUUCUGCAGCCGCCAGUACGGCGUGCCGGACCUGACGCUCUACUACUCGCAGCGGCGCGCGUGGCGGGUGGCGCUGCGCGCCAUCAACGACCUGGAGCGCCUCCGGGCGCGGGUCGUCGUGCGGAUGCUCUCGCCCAUGUCGCACUUCGAGAACGGCACGUGGGACCACGGCGGCGACUGCCGGCGCACGCAGCCGCUGCGGGCCAACCAGACGGCCAUGGAGGGCCGGGACCUGCACUUCUACACCGCGCAGAUGGAGGAGUUCCGGGCGGCGGAGAAGGCCGCGCGCGACAAGGGGCGCCGCCUCAUGCUCAUGGACGCCACGGCGGCCAUGCUGAUGCGCCCCGACGGCCACCCCAGCCGCUACGGCCACUGGCUCAACGAGAAGGUGCAGCUCUACAACGACUGCAUCCACUGGUGCCUCCCGGGGCCCAUCGACAUCUGGAACGACAUGCUCUUCCAGAUGCUCCUCGCCUAGCCACCAGACGGAUCGACAUUUCGGGUCCCAAAACGCAAUCGCCGGUAACCGUGCACAGAUUCGUUUUGUUUUGCCCUGCUUUUUGUUCAAAAAAAGGGGGAAAUUUUUGACAAGCAAGGAAUCGUCCGAGACCUCAUCUCGCACAA